CGUGCGUGCUCGCUCACGGUGGCGGCGGUGGAUCGGAGAGGCCUGAGCCGGAGACCGAGCUGGGAUCGGGCCCCGGGCGGGGGCGGUGCAAGCGGCGCCCGGCGGAUCCUGGGGGCGGGGACGGAGCCGGGGCGGGCGGGACUGGAACGGAGCCGGGAGCUAGGCGGGAGGGCCCAGGGUCUCGGGUUGGGGGGGUGGAGCCGCACUUCGUCGCCGCGGGGGUGCCGGGACUCCGGCCGCAGUGCCGCCGCCAUCACGGACUUCCUGUGGGACAAGCGCACGGGCCUCGCCGCCAGAACGAUGCCUCAUCCCCGAAGGUACCACUCCUCAGAGCGAGGCAGCCGAGGAAGUUACCAUGAACAGUAUCGGAGCAGAAAGCAUAAGAGACGGAGAAGCCGCUCCUGGUCAAGUAGCAGUGACCGGACACGACGGCGCAGGCGGGAAGACAGCUACCAUGUCCGUUCUCGGAGCAGCUAUGAUGACCGCUCAUCAGACCGGAGGGCAUAUGACCGGCGAUACUGUGGCAGCUACAGGCGCAAUGACUAUAGCAGGGAUCGGGGCGAGGCUUGCUAUGACGCAGACUACCGGCAUUCCUAUGAAUAUCACCGGGAGAACAGUAGUUACCGCAGCCAACGAAGUAGCCGCAGGAAGCACAGACGGCGGAGACGGCGCAGCCGAACGUUCAGCCGCUCCUCUUCGCAGCACAGCAGCCGGAGAGCCAAGAGUGUAGAGGACGACGCUGAGGGCCACCUCAUCUACCACGUCGGGGACUGGCUACAAGAGCGAUAUGAGAUUGUAAGCACUUUGGGAGAAGGGACCUUCGGUCGAGUUGUACAGUGUGUUGACCAUCGCAGGGGCGGGACUCGAGUUGCCCUGAAGAUCAUUAAGAACGUGGAAAAAUACAAGGAAGCAGCUCGACUUGAAAUCAACGUACUGGAGAAAAUCAAUGAGAAGGACCCUGACAACAAGAACCUCUGUGUCCAGAUGUUUGACUGGUUUGACUACCAUGGCCACAUGUGUAUCUCCUUUGAGCUUCUGGGCCUUAGCACCUUCGAUUUCCUCAAAGACAACAACUACCUGCCCUACCCCAUCCACCAAGUGCGCCACAUGGCCUUCCAGCUGUGCCAGGCCGUCAAGUUCCUCCAUGACAACAAGCUGACACAUACGGACCUCAAGCCUGAAAACAUUCUGUUUGUAAAUUCAGACUACGAACUGACCUACAACCUAGAGAAGAAGCGAGAUGAGCGCAGUGUGAAGAGCACAGCUGUGCGUGUGGUAGACUUCGGCAGCGCCACCUUUGACCACGAGCACCAUAGCACCAUUGUGUCCACACGCCAUUACCGAGCUCCAGAGGUCAUCCUCGAGUUGGGAUGGUCACAGCCUUGUGAUGUGUGGAGCAUAGGCUGCAUCAUCUUCGAGUACUAUGUUGGCUUCACCCUCUUCCAAACCCAUGACAACAGAGAGCAUCUAGCCAUGAUGGAAAGGAUCCUGGGUCCUAUCCCUUCCCGGAUGAUCCGAAAGACAAGGAAACAGAAAUAUUUUUACCGGGGUCACUUGGAUUGGGAUGAGAACACAUCUGCUGGGCGCUACGUUCGAGAAAACUGCAAACCACUGCGGCGGUAUCUGACCUCAGAGGCAGAGGACCACCACCAGCUCUUCGAUCUGAUUGAAAGCAUGCUAGAGUAUGAACCUGCUAAGCGGCUGACCUUGGGUGAAGCCCUUCAGCAUCCUUUCUUCGCCCGCCUUCGGGCUGAGCCACCUAACGCCAAGUUGUGGGACUCCAGUCGGGAUAUCAGUCGGUGACGAUCAGGCCCUGGACCCCCCUGCAUCUCUUACAGCUGGGAGGGUCCAGUCCAGGACACUGGUGCUUUUUUAUACAAGAGACAGAGCUGGAGCCCACUCCUGGCUCCCUAUAUACCUGUGAAUAUGUGAAAUAGUGUAAAUAUGGAAGAACUUGUACCUAUCGCUUCAGCCCCUGCCUGUACAGAAUGCUACGCCAUCCACUCUUCUCACCCUCACCUGCCCCUUUACCUGAAGCUGAUGGGGGCAGAAUGAGGUAACCAGGUGGCAUCUAUCCCCAUGUUUUAUAAGGAAUUUUGUACAGUCUUUGUGAAAUAAAAUGACGUGCUUCAUCUGAUUUCCCCC